AUCCGACUUUACGCACAGGAGAGGGCGGCCCCGGCGGCGCGUACUCGUCUGCUAAAGGCUGAAAGUAACACUAACAGCCGCACUUUAACGGGUUACCCGCUUAAAAGACUUUUGGAAAAGCUAAAGGGAAACUUAAUCGUCUUCUAACUCGGACGCUGUGCAGUUUUCUCGUUUGAGCAAGAGACUGAUUCCCUAAGUCGGCGCGCAACUGUUCGAAAAGUAGGCUGAAUGAAUCGUGUGAAUUCUGCGUUAUUACCGCUGUUCUUUGCGCAAAUGUAAUUAUGAGAAAAUACACGAGUGAAGUCAAAUCAGAGCAGACGCGCACCGGCUGUGCAACCCGGCCGCUGGGAGACAGAAUCGUUUGAAUCAGGCUUCACAUUCAGAGCAUUUCCCGGUAACUGGAAGACAGAGCGAGACAGAAAGUGAGAAAUUAAGAGCCAAAAAGACAUUUGGGACACUUUGAGGCGUGUUUGUGGGGACGUCUGCCUCUCACGUCCAGGCGUCCCGCCGAGCGGUGCGGAGUCUCCAGCUCAGGCCGGCAGCGCUGACAUGCUGCCCAAAGUCGAGACUGAUUCCCUGGGACUCUCUCGAUCGUAUGGGGAACAAGGGCACAUGCCAAGGAACAUGCAAGCACCCCAGUUAAAAAUGAUGGACUACUCAUAUGACGAAGACUUGGACGAGAUGUGUCCCGUGUGCGGAGACAAGGUUUCAGGAUAUCACUACGGGCUUUUGACCUGCGAGAGCUGCAAGGGCUUCUUCAAGCGCACCGUCCAGAACAACAAGCGCUACACAUGUAUAGAGAACCAGAGCUGCCAGAUUGACAAGACCCAGAGGAAACGCUGCCCAUACUGCCGCUUCCAAAAGUGCCUCAACGUCGGCAUGAAGCUAGAAGCUGUGCGGGCAGACCGAAUGCGUGGUGGUCGCAACAAGUUCGGCCCCAUGUACAAACGUGACCGGGCCCUCAAGCAGCAAAAGAAGGCGCUGAUCCGAGCCAACGGCCUGAAGAUCGAGGCCAUGACCCAGGUGAUGCAAGCCGUGCCCACCGACCUCACCAUCACCUCAGCCAUCCAGAAUAUCCACUCGGCCGCCUCCAAGGGCCUCCCGCUGAGCCACCACGCCAGCCACCACACUGGUCACCACCACCACCACCACCACCAUCACCACGCCACCGCCCUGCCCCCCACAGACUACGACCGGAGCCCAUUUGUCACCUCCCCGGUCAGCAUGGCGAUGCCGCCGCACGCCGGCAGCCUGCAGGGCUACCAGGCGGCCUACGGACACUUCCAGGGUACGCGCACCAUCAAGUCCGAAUACCCAGACCCGUACACUAGCUCGCCGGAGUCCAUCAUGGGUUACGCCUACGUCGAUGCCUACCAGUCAGGCUCGCCGCCCAGCUUCCCUCACCUGAUCGUAGAGCUGCUCAAGUGCGAGCCAGACGAGCCGCAGGUUCAGGCCAAGAUCCUGGCCUACCUGCAGCAGGAGCAGGCCAGCCGAGGCAAACACGAGAAGCUCAACACCUUCGGCCUCAUGUGCAAGAUGGCCGACCAGACGCUCUUCUCCAUCGUGGAGUGGGCACGCAGCAGCAUCUUCUUCCGCGAACUCAAGGUGGACGACCAGAUGAAGCUGCUGCAGAACUGCUGGAGCGAGCUCCUCAUCCUCGACCACGUCUUCCGGCAGGUGGUGCACGCCAAGGAGGGCUCCAUCUUAUUGGUCACUGGCCAGCAGGUGGACUAUGCAGUGAUUGCAUCACAGGCAGGUGCCACCCUCAACAACCUGUUGAGCCACGCCCAGGAGCUGGUGGCCAAGCUACGCUCCCUGCAGCUGGACCAACGGGAGUUCGUCUGCCUCAAGUUCCUGGUCCUGUUCAGCCUGGAUGUGAAGAACCUGGAGAACUUCCACCUGGUGGAAAGCGUCCAGGAGCAGGUCAACGCAGCGCUGCUGGACUACGUCAUGUGUAACUACCCGCAGCAAACGGACAAGUUCGGCCAGCUGCUCCUCCGGCUGCCGGAGAUCCGAGCCAUCAGCCUGCAGGCCGAAGAGUACCUUUACUACAAACACCUGAACGGCGACGUGCCGUGCAACAACCUGCUCAUUGAAAUGCUACACGCCAAGAGAGCUUAGGAGGGGACUGCGCCACCCACAAUGCAGCUGUGCAGAGUUUUCUGCAGCCCAAAAACUCCUAAUAACGCUUUCACCAAACUGAACCUCCAGCUCAGACUCGACUGUGUAAUGUGCACACACAACGAACAUAUGGAUCCCUUUAUUCUUAAAAAAAAAAAAGUCAGAAAGAAGAGCUGCUUCUCCUCAACCACACAAAGACAAUACUGAAAGGAAAACAGACAAACACUUGAACCUAACACUGCAUUUGACACUUGGGAUGGGAUGUAAUCGUCUGCACUAGCACAGACUAUCAAGGCAGGCUGCAACUUAAAGAAUGAGAAACCCUUGAGUGUUUUUAGCGCUGGUGAGUGUGCUGAGGCAGGAAUCCGAGUAACACCAGCCGUCUUUUAGACAGCUCUGUGACUCGAGUGGUGGUUUAUUUUGGUUCGACGAUCCUCCGGCGUGCUCUCUCACUGAAACCGGCUCUUAGCUGUCGUUGGUACUGUAAAGAAAAAUGGACGCGCAGUCAACCAGGCCAGAGACUCCUGCCUGCCAUCACGUCUGUUUUCCAGACUCACAUAAGACGUCUGCCAUGGCAGCUUGACCUGACUGAAAAGGGCGAACUGAUGGUUAAAAAAUAAAGGUCUAAAAAAGGAACAUUCUUUCAUGAACAAAAUGAUAAACAGGCCAAUAAGAAGAAAAAUAAGAUGUUUUUUUUUUCUCUUGUAAUGGAAGUCAUUUGCUUCUCAUGGUCAUCUUGUGGUUCCCCUUUCUUAUUCCACCUCCCCGAAUCAUCUUAAACUAUGUACCUCAGAAAGACCAGUGUUAAAUAAAUUCAAUUAAUAAUGUCAGCUGAAACAGUUGUAUUUAUAGCCCUUUUUUCCUGCAAAAAACACCCUCCCUUCUAAUUAUUUCAUAACAACUGGAACAAAACAAAGUGUGUUCUGGAGACGGAGAAGGAUCGACCCUGCCUUUGUCCGGAAAGACCAAAGCCUGCUGCAGAACAGAAGAAGGAAAUUACAAAAAAAACCUUAAUAAUCAGUAUUAUAAGAGAAAAAAAAGAUUUGUGAUGUCACAGUUAUGUGAGUCUUGCCUUAUUUCAUUACCAUGCUAGCUAACCGUGCAGAUGUGAAUGGAAAUAUGUACAAAUAUAUAUAUAAAGUAUUAAUGUUGUAAAAAUUUAAAAAAGAAUAAUUCAACAGGUGUUUACAUUCAUGUGGUCAUAUGGGAGAGAACUGUGAUGAAGCAUAAAUUGCAAAGCAAUGAUUUCCUAAAAAAUGAAACCAACGAAAUGAAAAAAAAAAGAGAUCCAUUUGGUUUGCUUUCUUUGGUGUGUGUACAGUGUUUUAUUUUUUAUUUGUUUUGAGCAGUACUUAAAUUAUGUCGUGAGACACUAAAAUCAAGAAGGAAUCACACUUAAAAUAUUAAUUUCUAUCUGUGUCUGCUGGCAUUCAAACAUUUUCUUAAGCAUUUCUGUACAAGGGUUCCGUUUCGCUUUCAACCUCUUUUGUAGACUUUUCUCUUUUUUAUUUACAGUGCUUUUACCUUUUUGAUGUACAGUAUGUCACUGGUUACGCUUAAUAAUGAAGAUAAUUUAUUGCGUCUAUGGGUUUCCAUCUAUGUGUUACAUGACGUGAGGUGUCU